AUGGGUUUCAAAAUUCGUGCCGUUGUAAUAAUCAUUAAAGUGAUUGUGGUGUUAAUGUUAAUAGAAUCGAUCAUCGUUAGCUCAAGUGCCCAAAAGAGAAUGAGGUCCCGUAAAACCAAACAGGUCCCAACAGAUGUAAAUGAAAGCCAACUGGUUCAGAGUACUUCAUCACCGACGAAGAACGAGGAACAUCUACCUUGUAGUUGUGCAAUCUUCCUAACCGGUCAAUUCAAUCGACAUAAUCGUACCGAGCCACCUCGUGGGAAUCCAGCCAUCCAGGUUGAGCUGAUGCAAAACUACCCAUGCACGUCUACAGGGAACAAACAGUGCUCGAGUCGAUGUUUAGACACCAUCAUGAAGCAUCUGCCGAACUCGCCAGCCCUGAUUUGCGGCACCAUCGGUAGGGAUUGCUUCCGGGAACGAGCUUACCUGUUUUACCAGAAUUGUUCGCCCCGCUGGAUCAACAGCAACCUAUCGGCGGGUCGGGAAUUUUGCUGCCAGAACGACCGUCCGGUUCGGUGUAGCAAAAUGGCAACGCUCCUAAGGCAAUCGCUGCUAACCCGAAACGGAACACACGAAUCCAACGAAGAAUAUUAA